AUGCCGGCACUUCAGUUCGAGAUCCUCGCCACAUGUCACACGACCAAAGCCAGAGUCUCCCGCAUGACCCUCCCUCACGGAGUUACCGCUCUUCCCGCUUUCAUGCCUGUAGCCACGCAGGCCGCCAUCAAAGGCCUCACCCCCCAGCAAGUCGAAUCCCUGGGCAUCACCCUCAUCCUGAACAACACCUACCACCUCAACCUGCGCCCGGGCACCAAGGUCCUGCAAGAAGCAGGCGGCGCGCACAAGUUCCAAGGAUGGCGGCAUAACCUGCUUACUGACAGUGGCGGAUUCCAAUUGGUGUCGUUGAGCAAGUUCACGAAGAUUACGGAGGAGGGCGCGUUGUUCUCUAGCCCAUUUACUGGGGAACCUACUAUGCUUACGCCAGAGGAGAGUAUCUCGAUACAACAUGCCAUCGGAGCAGACAUCAUGAUGCAGCUAGAUGACGUUGUAUCCAGCUUAACCACAGGUCCUCGCGUCGCCGAAGCAAUGGCCAGAUCCGUACGGUGGCUCGACCGCUGCAUAGAAUACCACGAGAAAUCAGGAAGAACAGACGUCCAAAAUCUCUUCGCGAUCGUCCAAGGCGGCCUUGAUCCGGAACUGCGAAAUCAAUGCCUCGACGAGAUGAUACAACGAAAAGACCGAGUUGCGGGGUACGCGAUUGGGGGGUUGAGCGGGGGCGAAGCUAAAGAUACAUUUUGGAGAAUAGUCAAGCAAUGCGCAGAUAAGCUCCCAGCAGACAAGCCACGAUAUUGCAUGGGAGUUGGGUUUGCGGAAGAUCUCCUCGUAUGCGCAGCACUAGGCGUCGACAUGGCGGACUGUGUGUUCCCAACACGUACGGCGCGUUUCGGCGUGGCUCUCACCUUCAAAGGACCUAUGAAUCUAAAGUUGGGCAAACAUGCCACAGAGUUUGUGCCGAUAGACGAGAACUGCCCUUGUCCGACAUGCAAGGGCGGAACCACCAGAGCCAUGCUGCAUCACAUAGUCACCCUCGAAACCGUCGCCGCUCACGCUGUCACAAUGCACAACCUAACAUUCCAAGCCCAAGUAAUGGGCGGCGCGCGCGACGCCAUCCUCCAGGGCACCUUCCCGGACUACCUACACAAGUUCUUCGACAACUACUUCGGCGACGCCGGGUACCCCGAGUGGUGCGUGAACGCCCUAAGAAGUGUAGGCGUCGACCUCUUAGCGGGGAAGGAGGGCGCAAAGAUCGUGCAGGGAGACGGAGCACGAUGGGAGUAUUCCACGACAAAACGCAAGUAGCAGAAGCAGUAUAUAGAGUACAUGCGAGCAUUGGUAACAACAAACUACCGCCUCCCCUUCCGCCGACUGGGUCUCGCGUUCUUGGCCUUCCUCUGCUCGUACAGCUUGCGCUCCUUCCGGAUCUGCGCGGCGUUCUUGAGCUCGUUCUUGACGUGCCCCGCCGUCUGGCCGCCGUAUCUUUUGCUCGCUGCAAACCCUUUCUUCCCUCCCUUCGGUGAGGGUCCAUCCUCCUCUCCCGCGCCUUUCUUAUUCAGCUGCCGUGUCUUCCGCUCGUAAUCCUUGCUGAGCUUAUCCAGCGGCUUCGCAGCAGUCACCUUAUUAUGCUUGAACCGCCUCCCCCCGAAAUUACCCUUAUUCCUCGCAGUCUCAAGCUCAGCCUCACCCACCCGGGGCAGGUGCACCUUGCUCUUCGC